GCGAACACAGGACGAUCGAUUAAUCAGCCUGGACAUCCGGAAGCGGCAGCGAGUGUGCACGUGGAAAAUGUCUCAUACACACUGUAUACACCGGCUCCUGGUUUGUUAGGCUGAUGUUUGAUAUGUUUUCGUUAGCGGUUUACACUGAAUGUGUUUCGUUUUGAAGUUUUCGCUCAUUACCCAAAUAAUCUGAUCGGUGAGAGUGUGAAAUGGCGGACUCGGUGGUGGACAGUGAUGUGGAGUGCGGAAUAAAUGAAGGAGACUACGUGGUUUUGAAAAGAGGAGAUGUCUACAAAUCCGUGCAGGUGGAGAAGUCUAAGAAGAUCAUAUUUGAGAAACAGUGGAUCUUUUUAAACGCUGCCAUCGGGGAACUGUAUGGCUCGACAUUUGAAGUGGACACCGGAGGAAAACUUAAUAUACGAAAACCAAGAAACACUGAAGAUGACGCCACAGAGGCCAAAGAAGCAGGCCAAGAUAACAGACACAUCAUGGAUGAUGGCAAAUCGCAAAAACUGACCAGAGAUGAUAUUGAAUCACUUAAAGAGCAAGGGAUGAAGGGCCAGGAAAUAAUUCAGCAGCUCAUAAACAACAGCACAACAUUCAGGGAUAAAACUGAAUUUGCUCAGGAGAAAUACAUCAAGAAGAAAAAGAAGAAGUACGAGAGCAAUAUCACCAUACUAAAGCCUACCUCCCGUAUACUGGCACGGAUGUAUCAUGGUAGAGAACCUGGAAAAGUAUGUCACCUGAGAUAUGACACUUUGGCUCAGAUGCUGACUCUGGGGAACAUUCAUGCCGGAAGUAAGAUCAUCGUGUUUGAGACGUGUGCUGGACUUGUCCUCGGUUCUGUUAUGGAGAGAAUGGGAGGUCAUGGCUCAGUGAUCCAGAUGUAUCCAGGUGGUGGACCUGUCAGAGCAGGCAUGGAGAGCUUUGGCUUUCCUUCACACUUCCAUGACACACUGCAUGAAUUUCCCUUGUGUAAGGUGAAUGCACUGCUGUCAGGAACACUGAACGUUGAUGAGAAAGAGACAGACUCUGCAAAUAACGGACAGUCAGAAGAACAGCCUGCUGCACCUUCCUCGGGUAGCUCCGAGUCUCAGAGCAUGGAGGGGAGCACAGACUCAGCUGAGGCCAAGAAGUUGGAGGAGAGAUUGAAGCUGCGUGAGCAAAAGGCACAAGAGAAGAGGGUGAAGAUGGAGGAGAAGAGGAAGAGGCUGGCAGCUGCUGCUGCAUUGCUGGAGGGACGAAACGCAGAUGGGUUGGUUAUUGCCAGUCGCUUCCACCCUUGUUCUUUGCUGCUGGGUUUACUCAAAUUUGUGGCGCCAUCCAGACCUUUUGUAGUGUAUUGCCAGUACAGAGAGCCAUUAAUUGAAUGUUACACAAAGCUCAGGGAGCAGGGUGGAGCCAUUAAUCUCAAACUGACAGAUUCCUGGCUCAGGCAUUACCAGGUGUUGCCCAAUAGAACUCAUCCAGUGCUGCUGAUGAGUGGGGGUGGAGGAUAUUUGCUCUCCGGAAUCACAGUCUCGGCAGAUGCCGCAACAUCAGGAGCGCCACGAAAAACGGGCGAGCCAGCCGCCAAGAGGAUUAAGCUAGAUUAAGCUAGACGAGAUUAGCAGCUUAAGUAAAAGUCCUGAGUAGCCUUUUUAUUUGGUCUAAAUUAUUUUAAUGAGAAUAAACCAAUUUGUUUCCUUUCCAUUUAAAAAUCCUCAACAACAUGCUUGUUUAAGUUCAUUUUCUUUAUUAGUACAUCUACUCUCGUAUCUUUCAUCAUGGAGCUAUUUAACAACAGCACCAUGAGAGUGAAUAACUGCCAUUUCACCAGCCAUUGUAGCAGCUUGAAAAUGAUCAAUAAAAUGUGACAUUAAUGGAAA